AUGCUUAUUUAUUGUCAACAUUGUUGUGAAGAAAACGGUAUUAGUGAUAACUUUAAAGCUCCACUUGCAAAUUUGGAAAAACACUUCAAAGAUAAUCAUACUUAUGAAUAUUAUCAGAAAAAAUGUUAUUUAUAUUUAGAAGAAAUAUGUAAAAAUCAUAAAAGUAAUAGAAUAUCUCAAACAUAUAAUCAUACUUUUAAAAUAAAAGGAUAUAAAUCACACAUUAAGAAUAAACAUUUUAUUUCAUCCAAUGUUUCGAAUCGUCAGAGAAUUCCAGCUGUUGAUGAAAAUAAUUUUUAUUUUGAAUCUGAUAAUAUCAUUUCAAAUAUUAGUAAUACUGUUGAUGAUGAAAACUUGGUAAAUAGAGAUAAUGAAAAGGAAAAUUUAACUUUUCCAGAAAUCGAAUUAGAUGAAUAUUUUAAACGGGGAAAUUCUGAUAAUUUAUCUGAAAAUUUUAUUAACAAAAUAAAUCAAUUUCGAGAUGUUAAUCAAAAGGAUAUGAAAGAAUGGCAAAAUUAUUUUUUAAUAGAGACUGCUGAUUAUUUUAACAAUGCCUCUGAUACAGGAAUAUAUCUUGGUUAA